AUGGGUGGAGGGAUGGUGGGAGGGGGAGUAGGGAAGAGAGCUGAGUUAUACGAGGGAAGGAUCACAAGCUAUUUUUUAUUGGCUUGUGUGAUUGGCUCUCUUGGAGGAUCUCUAUUUGGAUAUGAUCUUGGCGUCUCAAGUGGAGUGACGUCGAUGGACGAUUUCUUGGUGGUGUUCUUCCCGGCGGUGUACCGCCGGAAGCAGGAGCACCUCCACGAGACGGACUACUGCAAGUACGACGACCAGGUGCUCACCCUCUUCACCUCGGCCUUGUACAUCGCCGCCCUUUUCUCCACCUUCGCAGCUUCCUUCCUCACCCGCCGCCGCGGCCGCACUGCCUCCAUCCUCUUCGGAUCCGUCAGCUUCUUCCUCGGCGGCUCCAUCAACGCCGCCGCAGUCAACAUCCCCAUGCUCAUCGCCGGCCGCAUCCUUCUCGGGGUCGGCAUCGGCUUCGGCAAUCAGGCCGUCCCCCUUUACCUCUCCGAGAUCGCGCCCCCCAAGAUCCGCGGCGCCGUCAACCAGCUCUUCCAGCUCACCACCUGCCUCGGCGUCCUCGUCGCCGAUUUCAUCAACUACUUUACCGAAAAGAUCCACCCUUGGGGGUGGCGCCUCUCCCUCGGCCUCGCCACGCUCCCCGCGACGCUGAUGUUCCUCGGCGGCCUCUUCCUCCCGGAAACCCCCAACAGCCUCGUCGAGCAGGGCAGACUGGAGGAGGCGAGGCGGGUUCUGGAGAAGGUGAGGGGGACCUCCAAGGUGGACGCGGAGUUCGAGGAUCUGAGGGAGGCGAGCGAGGCGGCGCGGGCGGUGAAGCACCCGUUCCGCAACCUCCUCAAGCCGCGGAACCGGCCGCAGCUGGUGAUCGGCGCGCUCUGCAUCCCGGCGUUCCAGCAGCUCUCCGGUCAGAACUCGAUCUUGUUCUACGCGCCGGUGAUGUUCCAGAGCUUGGGCAUGGGCUCCAGCGCUUCCCUCUACUCCAACAUCCUCAGCGGGUCGAUGCUCGUGCUGGGGGCCCUGGUGUCGAUGCUCCUGGUGGAUCGCCUGGGGAGGAGAUUCCUGUUCAUCGAAGCCGGAAUACAGAUGAUUUCCUGCAUGGUGGUGGUCGCCGCCAUCCUUGUUCUGAAGCUCGGCGACGGCGCGAUGCUCCCCAGAGACCUGGCGAUCGUCCUAGUCAUCGCCAUCUGCGCCUUCGUGGUGGCCUACGGUUGGUCGUGGGGGCCCCUCGGGUGGCUGGUCCCCAGUGAAAUAUUUCCCUUGGAGACGAGGUCGGCAGGCCAAAGCAUCGUGGUGUGCGUCAACAUGUUCUUCACUGCCGCCAUCGCCCAGUGCUUCCUCGCCAUGCUCUGCCGCCUCCGAUGGGGCGUCUUCGUCCUCUUUGCUGCUCUCAUCAUCAUCAUGUCCCUCUUCAUCAUCUUGCUUCUCCCCGAGACGAAGCAGGUGCCGAUCGAGGAGAUGGCGGAGCUCUGGGAGAGGCAUUGGUACUGGAAGCGCAUUGUUCUUAAGGACCCGAAGAGGAAGGAGAACCAGAGCCUGAGCCUGGAGCAGGGAAGGCCACAAGAAGAUUUAUAAUUAAUUAAUUAAUUAAUUAGCUGCAGAUUUAAUAAUAAUAAUAAUAAUAAUAAUAGAUCUAUUUCUUUGUUUUAGUUAAUUUAUAAUAUUAUUCAAUACAUUAUUUUAUAUA